UUGAGAAAAACAAAGAUGCUUAAUGUAAUGUAUUUUGUCAAGUCAAGACAUAACAUUACAUUAAUGUGUAAAUUAAACAAACAUGGCACAUGCAACGCAGCAGUUUCCCCAUCACCACGAAUAAUUAACGUAACCCACAUAUCACAGCUAAUAUUAACUUAAAAUACUAAUCCACUAUUAGUAAUUAAUCCACGAAGCGUACGCUUCAGACAGUUUCACAAGCUAAAUAUAGGGAUGUCCAUUGGAGGGGAAGAGCAUAGUAAAAUUACUUCUAAGCAAAACUGCUCAUGAUUAGAAAUAGAACAGAAAUUUCCUCUUUUGGCACUUUAUAUUUUUGUGUUGAUCUUGUUUCGAAUAUUUUGGGAACGAAAGAUGGGCCAAAAGUUUCACGCCUUUAUGUUCCCAUGGUUCGCUUUUGGUCAUAUGACUCCAUACUUGCAUUUAGCCAACAAGUUAGCUGAGAAAGGUCACAGAGUCACUUUCUUGCUCCCCAAGAAAGCUCAGAAGCAGCUUGAACAUCUCAAUCUGUUUCCAGACAGCAUCGUCUUUCACCCUCUUACUAUGCCUCAUGUUGAUGGUCUCCCGGCUGGAGCCGAGACUUUCUCGGAUAUCCCUAUGCCGUUGUGGAAGUUCUUGCCCCCAGCUAUAGAUCUCACACGCGAUCAGGUAGAAGCCGCGGUUCAUGCCUUGAGACCGGACCUGAUAUUGUUCGAUCUUGCUUCAUGGGUUCCAGAAAUGGCUAAAGAGUAUAGAGUCAAGAGUAUGUUGUACAACAUCAUAUCAGCUACAUCUAUAGCUCAUGACUUUGUCCCAGGCGGUGAACUAGGAGUUCCUCCACCUGGUUAUCCAUCAUCAAAGUUGUUGUACCGCAGACACGAUGCUCACGCCUUGUUGUCCUUCUCCGUCUACUACAAGAGGUUUUCUCAGAGGCUCAUCACAGGUCUUAUGAAUUGUGAUUUCAUUUCAAUCCGGACAUGUAAAGAAAUCGAGGGUAAAUUCUGCGAGUAUAUUGAGCGUCAAUACCAUAAAAAGGUUUUCUUGACAGGUCCAAUGCUUCCUGUGCUAGAAAAAAGUAAACCACUUGAAGAUCGAUGGAGUCAUUGGCUGAACGGGUUUGGACAAGGCUACGUAGUGUUCUGUGCAUUGGGAAGUCAAAUCUCUCUAGAGAAAGACCAAUUCCAAGAACUUUGUUUAGGAAUAGAACUUACAGGUUUACCGUUUCUUGUAGCGGUAACUCCACCAAAAGGCGCAAAGACGAUUCAAGAAGCGUUACCAGAAGGGUUCGAGGAGAGGGUAAAAGAUCGUGGAGUGGUUUGGGGAGAAUGGGUGCAACAACCAUUAAUAUUGGCUCAUCCAUCAGUAGGCUGUUUUGUGAGCCAUUGCGGAUUCGGGUCAAUGUGGGAAUCUCUAAUGGGUGAUUGCCAAAUAGUCUUGCUUCCAUUUUUGGCUGAUCAAGUUCUCAACACAAGAUUGAUGACCGAAGAACUCGAGGUUUCGGUUGAAGUGCAAAGAGAAGAAACAGGAUGGUUCUCGAAGGAGAGCUUGAGUGUUGCGAUCACAUCUGUGAUGGACCAAGGUAGCGAGAUCGGGAAUCUGGUGAGGAGGAACCACUCCAAAUUGAAGGAGGUUUUUGUUAGUGAUGGAUUAUUGACCGGUUAUACCGAUAAAUUUGUUGACACAUUGGAGAAUCUAGUCAGCGAUACAAAUCUUGAAUGAAAUACUACACUUGCAAAGAAGUACGUAGCUGCUGUUUCACAUAAGGCAAUAAUAGGCUAGACCACGAAGCAGUUGGUAAUGAUGGCUUUGUUCAAUUUUUUUUUUCUUUUCAAUUCAUCAUCUCUUUAGCAAUAUGUUUUCCUUUACACCUUUUAACAUUGGAAAAUUUUCCAUAAGAAAAGAAAGUAAGGAGCUGUACUCUCCUUGAAAUUACACAGAAAAAGAAAGUGGAAAUUUUAUAUGCUGCCAGUUAAAUUUUUUGAGCUUAACUCUGCUUGACAAUUUUAGUUUUCUUUUAACCAAAUAAAAAAGAAAAUAUUUUAAAGAAAAUUCCACAAUUUAUUUAUAAAUGGUUCUAUAUAUUUUCACAAUUGACGAUUAAAAUAUUUUUAAGUCAAGAUCCUUCCUCUUUUAGGUUCAUGUAUAUGGGGGGAUGGCACAACCUGGCAGAAAUGUAUAAUUGACACGUAAAAUUUGGUGAUUCUCUAAAAUGUAUGAAAACCCUUAUUUUAU